CAGCUUUUCAUAGCUGAAGGAAAAUGAUGGAAGAGAGUGGAAUAGAGUCAACUCCACCUGGCACACCUCCACCAAGCACAGCAGGGGCUGCUGCUGCUGCUACACCUGUCUCAUUAGCUUUGUCCAGUCCCCUUGCUACACCAAGCAUGUCAACUCCUGCAUACUCACCACCCUUGCCAGCUGGAGUGUCUCCACUUCCGCCUCCUAUGAUGACUUCGGCUUCUCUUCCACCUGUGCCUUCUGCAACAGUUUCUACUAUUGCACCACCUCUGACUCCUGUCCCACCUCCUGUUGCCCCUUCAGCUUUUAGUACCUCCAUGCCCCAGUUCUCUACACCUCCUCCAUUAAGCUCUACUACUGGCCCUGGUCUUCCUGCGCCUCCCACUGGUCCCCCUAUUUCAGGAUUUUCCAUGUCUUCAACCUAUGACAUUACCAGAGGUCAUGCUGGUCGAGCACCACAGAGCCCACUGAUGCCAUCAUUUUCUGCACCUGCAGUCACAGGUGUUUUGGCAGAUCCUAUUACUCAACAAGCAACUUUCUCAUCACCUUUGGCUCCUGGAACUGGUUCUGCGAUCACUUUUCCUGAGGAACGUGAAGACCCCAGAGUAUCUACUGCUCAAGGUGGAGCACCAGCUGGAGGACUGUGGGGUUUUAUAAAGGGUGUAGCUGAGAAUCCCAUGGUGAAGUCUGUUCUUGAUAAAACCAAACACUCAGUAGAGACCAUGAUAACAACGCUGGAUCCUGGCAUGGUUCCAUAUAUCAAAACUGGGGGAGAACUUGACAUAGUGGUUACGUCUAAUAAAGAGGUAAAAGUCGCAGCAAUUCGAGAUGCCUUUCAAGAAGUCUUUGGAAUGGCUGUUGUUACUGGAGAGGCUGCACAGUCUAACAUCGCACCCCAACCUGUGGGCUAUGCUGCAGGUUUAAAAGGAGCCCAAGAAAGGAUAGACAGCUUGCGUCGGACAGGAGUAAUACAUGAAAAACAGCCUGCUGUAUCAGUAGAAAACUUCAUUGAGGAAUUGCUUCCUGACAA